GGACACUCCUCCCGAUUCCAUUCGCUCGAUCACUUCAAAGAUCAUCCCUGUCAAAAAGAAAUUAAACAUGUUUUAUUGAUACAUGAAAAUUCUUCUUCGUGGCAAGGAAGAGCUACACAGCUAUUGUAUUGUGUUUUGGCACCAGUCUUAUCUACGUCACCCAUAUUUUACACAUGCGCACCACGUCAUUUUGACUGCAGUCUUUGCCGGCGACUAUAUCUAAUUUCACCAUAUUUUGCCGUUUUGUGAGAGCCGAUCAAUAUGAUAGCUCCAAGGAUGUAAUGGUUUAUUGCGCUGUGUGGUGCUCUCUUUCUCUCUCUCUCUCUCCUUGCAAAUAACCUAUUUGGGUUAUUUGGGUUACCCCGACUCUUGAUUUCCAGAGGAUAAAAAACUUAGUUCUGUACUCUGGUUCCCGUUAGAGGCUUAUAUUGCUAUUACUCCUGCUGAAGGGACGCGUCUUCGUCAGAAAAUGGCGGCUUUUAAGAUCGUUCCACCAAAGAACGGCAUCUAUGUCGUCCAAGGAGAAAUGCAACUGGUUGUCACGGCAAUGAGACGGAGUUCAAGAUGGACGACCCAUCUCCCCCAGGAAGAAGAGCAAGAUCCAUUUUUAGUAAGCUUCUCAAGAUUGAAAGUAAUCCUCAACAGCAUUGCAGAUCUUGGUGCCAUAGAGCCUAAUGUGUUUCUGGGCCCAUUCCUGGAUGUGAUACGUUCAGACGACACAACAGGACCUAUUACGGGGCUGGCCCUUUCCUCCGUCAACAAAUUCCUCUCCUACGGUCUCUUGGAUGCAAACAUAGAUGGAGCAGCCCAAGGAAUUGAGAACAUCGCCGAUGCGGUCACUCACACCCGAUUCGUCGGCACCGAUCCCAGCUCCGAUGAAGUAGUCCUCAUGAAGAUCCUCCAGGUUCUGAGAACAUUGCUCCUGACGCCUGUUGGAAUGCUUCUGUCCAAUGAAGCCGUCUGCGAGAUCAUGCCAUCAUGUUUCCGCAUCUGCUUCGAGCUCAGAUUAAGUGAACUCUUGCGGAAGUCAGCUGAGCAUACGCUAAAUGAUAUGGUUCAGUUGCUGUUUUCAAGACUACCUCAAUUCAAGGAAGAAAAGCUGUCGGGAAUCAGAAAGCUGAAGAUGCGAGCUGGAGGCAUCGGAGACUCCUCCAGGAGGCGUCGGUCGCGCCAGUCCCCCAAAGUCAGGCAGGGAAAGAACCGCCUCUCGACCACCCCUAUCGAGGAAACCGCCUCCUCGGCGUCCCUCGCCGCACCCUCCAACGGCCCCGCCCCUACUACUGCUGCUACAUCGGGUAAUCCUCAGGCAAAUGGACCACACUCGGGUCCUGCGUCCCAGGCGCAGGGAGCGGGGGGAUCAGAGCAGUCCUUGCAGUCUGUAGGUGUUGCAGAGAGUAUACCAGAGGAAGGUCCAGGAAGAGAUAGUGCAGAUGAGUCGCAGUCAGCUCAGGACCCUGACAGACCUUCAUCCUUAGCAAUACCGGAAACGGGAGAAGGUGGAGUGGAUGGAAAGGAUGCCUCGGUGUCGGAAUGCGAGACACCUCAGAUGGGCGGAGUCAUAUCGGUGUCUGGUGAACAGCGAAUGGACGAUGGCAAGGUUGAAGAUGGCAAACUUUCUUCUGGUGACCAAGAGAGGGCGGACUCCGGUUUGGAAGGCACGGAGGACACAGAGUCCAACACGGACUCUGCAUCUUUGCACGAAUCGGAGUACGUCAAUCCGCAGGGGAUUCGCUUCACACCUCAGCAGAAACAAAAAGACGGAUCAGGACCACCAAUCCCGUAUGGUCUACCUUGUGUAAGAGAACUUCUCAGGUUUCUAAUCUCUCUCAUCAACCCUUACGACAGGCACAAUACUGAUCUGAUGAUGCAUAUGGGCCUCAGCCUUCUGACCAUCGCCGUGGAAACGGGAUGCGAUCACAUUCCAUCCUUCUCCACCCUCAUCGCUCUUGUCAAAGAUGAUCUGUGCAAAAACCUCUUUGCACUUCUCCAGACAGAAAGGUUGUCCAUCUUUGCGUCAUCUCUCCGGGUUUGCUUCUUCCUCUUCGAGUCGAUGCGCACCCAUCUCAAGCUCCAGCUGGAGAUGUUCAUCCAGAAGCUGACAGAGAUCAUCGUCUCCGAGUCCCAGCGGUACCCUUAUGAGCAGAAGGAAAUGGCUCUGGAUUCGCUCGUUCAGUUGUGGAAGAUUCCGUCCCUUGUGUCCGAACUUUACCUGAACUACGACUGCGAUCUCUACUGCAGUAAUCUCUUUGAGGACCUUACCAAAUUGCUUUCAAAGAAUGCAUUUCCAGUCUCGGGUUCACUGUACACCACUCAUUUUCUCUCGCUCGAUGCUCUACUGGCGGUCGUCGACAGCAUCGAAGCCAGCUGCCAGCAGAGGAUCCUGUCGACGAUGUCCUCGUUGACGUCGGAUGCCACGGAGAGGUUUGCCACCACUGCCCCAGACUCAGGUGUCACCAUACAGGUCCAGGAGCCCAAUGAAGAGAAUGACUCCGAGAGCCCGUCGCAUCAUGAAACCUCGGACUCUGAGUCGAUCCGUGGUGACCACUACGCCAACGUCGGACCUCCUACCACUGGUUAUGCAAUGGGGCAGAUCAUGGCACAUGCCCUCAAGGAGAAGGAUGGCUCACCAGGCAAAGAGCAUACAUUGGACAAACCAAAGACGACACCAAGCAGGAAAAGGAGCAGGUUUUCAUCCUCAACCAACUUACCAUCCCUGGAAGAACUAGCUCAGCUCAAACACAAAAAGAAGCUCUUAAAUGCGGGUACAGAACUCUUCAACCAGAAACCAUCAAAGGGAAUAGCGUUCCUCCAGGAGAACGGCCUCCUGCCGAACCCGUCGGAUCCUCGGGCCAUCGCAGCGUUCAUCAAGGACAACCCCCAUGUGGAUAAGAAGCAAGUCGGCGACUACAUCAGCAGCAAGAAGAAUGCCAAAAUCUUGGAGCCAUACCUGGACUUGUUUGGUUUUGCCAACACAAGGGUUGACGAAGCCCUGAGGAUGCUGUUGGAAGCAUUCAGGUUACCAGGGGAAGCACCGGUCAUUCAACAUCUUCUUGAAUGCUUUGCAGAGAAGUGGCAUACAUGCAAUGGCCAUCCGUUUGCCAACCAUGAUGCUGCGUUCACACUUGCCUAUGCUAUUAUCAUGCUCAACGUGGACCAGCACAACGACAAUGCCAAGAAACAGAACAUUCCCAUGACGAUGGCUCAUUUCAAGAAGAAUUUAGUCAAAGUGAAUGGAGGCCAAGACUUUGAUCAGGACAUGCUGGGAGAAGUCUUCAAUGCUAUCAAAAAUGAAGAGAUCGUCAUGCCUGCGGAACAGAGCGGUCUUGUCAAGGAGAAUUACCUCUGGAAGGUUCUACUGAAGCGAGGCCAGAAACCUGGCAGUGAAUUCCUUCACAUAGAUGACGGUCAACUUGACAAGGAUCUCUUCCUUUUAGCCUGGGGACCUACCGUUGCGGCUCUCUCCUUCGUCUUUGAUAAGAGCCUGGAUGACUCGAUUACGCAGAAGGCUCUUGCUGGAUUUAGAAAAUGUGCAAUGAUUUCCGCCCACUACGGCCUCACCGAUGUCUUUGAUAACCUGGUCAUAUCCCUCUGCAAGUUUACCACACUCCUGAAUUCACUGGAGACGCCCGAGUCCACAGCCAUAGCAUUCGGGGCCAACAGAAAAGCUCAGGUUGCAGCCAAGAAUGUCUUCAGCCUGGCCCACCGGCAUGGGGACAUCCUGGCCGAAGGAUGGAAGAACCUCCUGGAUUGCAUGCUCCAGCUGUUCCGUGCCAAACUCCUGCCCAGUGAGAUGGUGGAGGUGAUGGAUUUUGUCGAUCCGUCCGGGAGGGUGUCGCUGAUCAGGGAGGAGAUGCCUACUGUUAAGUCCGAUAUGUCUCUCCUGGGUUCCUUCUACUCCUACUUCUCAACAGAUUCAUCCGUCCCCAAGGGUCCAACCCCUGAAGAUCAAGAAGCAAUACAAGAAGCCAGUAACUGUGUUGAGGAUUGUCAUCCAGAACACCUGAUAACAGAGAGCAAGUUCCUUCGUCUGGAAUCGCUCCAGGAGCUUGUCAAAGCCUUGGUCUUUGCUUCCCAAGGUCCAGAGGCUGUGGAUGCCCUAGGCCUGGUCUUUGACGAGGAGGCAGCAAUCUUCAAUCUGGAACUUCUUCUCAGGGUCAUUUUGGAAAACAGAGAUCGAGUGAGUGCUUUCUGGACGACCGUAAGGGAUCAUUUCUACACCAUAGUGGUGACUGUCUCAACCCCUAGCUACCUGGUGGAGCGUGCCAUAGUUGGUCUCCUGCGACUAGCCAUACGGCUCCUGAGGAGGGAGGAAUUCUCUGGGCAGGUUCUUACUUCGUUACGGAUGCUCCUCAUGAUGAAGCAACCUGUCAUCUUCGCCAACUGCCGCCAGAUCGCCUACGGACUCUUCGACCUUCUCAGGACCAACGCUGCAAACAUCCACUCCUCACAGGACUGGUUCACCCUCUUCACACUACUGGAGUGUGUCGGGGCUGGUGCGGCACCGCGCGCCGUCGUGCAGACCGGUCCCAUGAUGGAGGAUAGCGGGUCGGGAGAGAUCGAUCAGAGGUCAAUAGGGGAACCAGAUGCCCAAUCGGACAGUGAGCUGUCGGCCAGCCAAGAGACCCUUGCCUCUGACCAUGGUUACACAUCGGACAGUGAACUCUAUCGCAAGUCAAGACGAAGUGGCAGUGAAUCUGAGGGUAGUACGAGUAGCUGGCUUGUCGUCAAGAACUCUGGCGAAGACUCGUCCAGCAAGCCGCUGGUCAACCAGUUCCAGAUUGCCCUGGAGAUGGACAUCUGUCAUCACGACACCAAGUCUCUGACCAAGUGCUGCGAAUCCCUGGCCUUCUUGGUCCGGGAUGCUGCCCAUGUCACUCCGGCCAACUUCGAGUCCUGCGUCCAUGCCAUCAGGAUGUUCGUGGAGGCUACGGUCAAUGGAGGCAAGCUGAGACACGAGCACAGAAAGCACCCCAAAGAGCGGAAGACCGGCAAGAGCCACAGGAGCAGUACUAGGGUGAAAGGCCGUGACAUGUCAAAGACGAGGUCAGUCCCGGAUAAGAUGUCCCAGAUGACGGGAGAAGGAGACGAGGGCGAGGAUGAUGGCCCUCCCGGUGGUUAUCAAGCACUCUCAAUCCAGCUUCUGGAUCUGAUGCACACCCUCCACACGAGGGCAGCCUCCAUCUUCAGUUCAUGGGCAGAGGAGGAGCAGCGGGAGGGCCAGCAGGUGACCAUAGACGCCGGUGCCAGUGCAUUGUGGGUCAAGUGUUGGUGCCCUCUCUUACAAGGCAUUGCCCGUCUGUGCUGCGACACCAGGCGUCAGGUCCGGAUGCAGGCGCUGACCUACCUUCAGAGGGCGCUAUUGGUCCACGACCUCCAGACCUUGUCCGCGGUGGAGUGGGAAUCCUGCUUCAACAAGGUUCUCUUUCCCCUGCUGUCUCUGCUCCUGGAGGACACCCAUGAUCCCGUGGGCAUGGAGGAGACCAGGAUGCGGGCGGCCACUCUGCUCUGCAAGGUAUUCCUCCAGCACCUGACCCCAUUGCUCUCCCUAUCUACCUUCACUGCUCUGUGGUUGACCAUACUGGAUUUCAUGGACAAAUACAUGCAUUCUGACAAGAGUGAACUCCUGUAUGAAGCCAUUCCGGAGUCUCUCAAGAACAUGUUGCUUGUGAUGGACACUGCCGGAGUGUUCGGAUAUCCUGAGCCAGGUUCACAAACCCAUCAACUGUGGAUCAAUACUUGGGAGAGGAUCGAUUGCUUCUUACCGGGCCUAAGGAAUCAGGUCUUCACUCCACAAGAAGCUGCUCCCGUUUCCAAGCCCAAAUCCGAAGCCAAUGUUCCAAAGGCUGAUGUGAUUCCUAGAGAUGGAGCCGUCAGUCCUGUACAGAAUGGACCUUCUCAAGCAACCCCGAACAACGCAGAGAUGCCAGCCAAUGCCCAGCAGCCGUCUCCUCGCUCCGGAACCCCUUCCCCCUCCCCGGUCACCCAGCCAACCGAUGCCCCAACGCCGCCAUCGGCCACCAGCCCUUCACCACCAGCACCGGCGCCACAGCCAACCUCCACCCCGCCCACUGGCCCAGACACAGUGCAAUCCAACAUCAUCCUGCAGCCGCCCCUUCCGCACCUGAUGCCCCCAGGGACGGGCAAGGAGCUCGGAGGGACCAUUCCCAUACUGCUGGACCCCAGUGUGCUUCAGGGGUCGGCGGUGCCGUUCAUCGCGGUGUCACAGUCGCAGACCGCUACCACAGGAAGUUAACCAUGGAGGGUAACCGAAGCCGCAAUGAGAUUUUAUAGACCAGAGCCCCGUCUUACAAAGAGUUAUGAUUGAUCUGAUCAAUCGCAACUAUGGAAAGCCAGCAAAGUCAAAAUAUAAAAU